AUAUAAAAACUAAAAAUGAAGUUAAAUGCAUUAAAUAUAAACAUUUUAAAUAAAAAAAUCAACACAAAGCAAAAACUCUCUUUAUAUCUACCUCCAGCCAUCUAUGAUGUAGAUGAAGACCAGGAGAAGUUGGACCUGGAGCCAGAUUUCCAGUACAUUCCUGAGAAGUCCAGUCUGGAUCAGUCCCACUCAGAUGCUGAUAGUCUAAAAUCCUCCAUUCAGCUGUUGAAAGACGGUCUUUCCAGCGGAACGGUCCUCGCGCAGUUUGAUCAACUGUACAGAAAACGGCUUGGGAUGUCCGUGUCAUGUGCCAGGCUGCCACAAAACGUCUCUAAAAACCGCUAUCGGGAUAUUUCCCCGUAUGACGCUACACGAGUCGUAUUAAAGGGGGCGGAUGACUACAUCAAUGCAAAUUACAUCAACAUGGAGAUCCCCAGAACAGGUGAAGUAAAGCGGUAUAUCGCCUGUCAAGGGCCUCUUCCUGGUACCUGCUCUGAUUUCUGGCAGAUGGUUUGGGAACAGAGCGCCCCCCUGGUGGUUAUGCUCACGACACAAGUCGAACGUGGCAGGGUGAAGUGUCAUCAGUACUGGCCGAAUGCUUCUGCGAGUAGCAUGUAUGGGGACUUCCAGGUUACAUGUGUAUCUGAAGAUGGAAAUUCUGCAUAUCUGCUCAGAGAUCUGACACUUACACACGUGGAGAAUUACAUGAAAUUUAGUUGA